CAUUUAACGGAAACGGAAGCGGAACGUCCUUUUCUACCCGAAGCUAUCACGUUGUUUAUCCUCACACGGUUUUUCCGAAAAACAUGGGUCGUGUGCGAACAAAGACCGUGAAGAAAGCGGCAAGAGUUAUCAUUGAGAAAUAUUACACUCGCUUGACGCUCGAUUUUCACACUAAUAAGAGAAUAUGUGAAGAAAUCGCCAUUAUUCCCAGUAAAAGGCUACGAAACAAAAUUGCUGGAUUCGUCACCCAUUUGAUGAAGAGAAUCCAACGUGGCCCAGUUCGCGGAAUUUCCAUCAAGCUCCAAGAAGAAGAACGUGAAAGAAGAGAUAACUACGUACCGGAAGUCUCCGCUAUCGAGCAAGAUGUUAUUGAUAUCGAUCCAGAUACUAAAGAAAUGUUGAAGAUGCUCGAUAUGGCUAAUCUGCCAAGAAUUCAAGUGCAGACCCAAAAUCAGAAUGUUCUAACCAGUGGAACAAGCUACGGAGGUCGUCGUUAA